AUGGGUGGUCACAAAUUGGUCCAUCAUGGUUGGAGAAGGUUGCAAGGGAAUAAAGAGGCAAAUCAACUGUGGAUGUACAGGAUAACUACCAUGUUUUUCAUGGACCAAGUUGUCAAGGGAAGAGGAGGAGGAGGAUUUGUGUUUGUGUUUUGA